CGGCGGCGGCGGCAUGAGGCGCGGGGCCGGCGCCCGCGGGAGGGAGGCGCUGCCGGCGGCCCGGCCGCUCCCGCUGCAGCUGCUCGCCGGGCUCGCAGUUCGCUGCCCGCGGGGCCCCGGCUGCCCUCGUCUCGGCCGCCGCCCGGGCCGCCGCUGGUGACCACUCGCCGCGCCGCCGGAGGCUUCACCCGCGCCCUCCCCCAGGACGCGCCCGCGGAGCUCCGGCCUCUUCGCCCCGCUCGCGGAGGCCGCGCUGCGCGCCGGGCGGCGGCGAGGCCGGAAGAUGGCCUGGGUGCUCAAGAUGGACGAGGUGAUCGAGUCCGGGCUGGUGCACGACUUCGACGCCAGCCUCUCGGGCAUCGGGCAGGAGCUGGGCGCCGGCGCCUACAGCAUGAGCGAUGUCUUGGCAUUGCCCAUUUUCAAGCAGGAAGAUUCCAGCCUUCCAUUGGAUGAUGAAACCAAACACCCACCUUUCCAGUAUGUGAUGUGUGCAGCAACAUCACCAGCCGUGAAGCUGCAUGAUGAAACUCUCACGUACUUGAACCAAGGUCAGUCUUAUGAAAUUCGCAUGCUGGAUAACCGGAAAAUGGGAGAUGUGCCUGAGAUCACUGGAAAACUGGUAAAGAGCAUCAUAAGAGUUGUAUUCCAUGACAGACGGCUCCAGUAUACAGAGCAUCAGCAACUUGAAGGCUGGAAGUGGAACCGCCCAGGAGACAGACUCCUCGAUUUAGAUAUUCCAAUGUCUGUGGGAAUAAUUGACACAAGGACAAAUCCAAGCCAGUUAAACGCAGUUGAAUUUCUGUGGGAUCCUGCAAAACGCACAUCUGCUUUCAUUCAGGUACACUGCAUCAGCACAGAAUUUACUCCCCGGAAGCACGGAGGUGAAAAGGGAGUGCCUUUUAGGAUCCAGGUCGACACCUUUAAGCAGAAUGAAAAUGGAGAAUACACAGAUCAUCUGCACUCAGCUAGCUGCCAAAUCAAAGUGUUUAAGCCGAAAGGUGCAGAUAGGAAACAAAAAACGGAUCGAGAGAAGAUGGAGAAGAGAACCGCUCAUGAGAAGGAGAAGUACCAGCCAUCCUAUGACACCACGGUCCUCACAGAGUGUUCUCCGUGGCCUGAUACCCCCACGGCCUACGUGAAUAAUAGCCCGUCCACGGCGCCCACCUUCACGUCCCCGCAGCAGAGUGCUUGCAGCGUCCCGGACAGCAAUUCUUCUUCCCCAAAUCAUCAGGGAGAUGGAGUUUCACAGGCCUCUAGUGAACAACUUCAGCCUUCAGCCACGAUCCAGGAAACACAGCAGUGGCUGCUCAAAAACAGGUUCUCCUCCUACACGAGACUGUUCUCCAGUUUCUUAGGUGCCGAUUUGUUAAAACUGACAAAGGAGGAUCUAGUACAAAUUUGUGGUGCAGCCGAUGGAAUUCGGCUCUAUAAUUCACUGAAGUCAAGGUCGGUGCGGCCCCGCCUGACCCUCUAUGUCUGCCGCGAGCAGCCGGCGCCGCAGGGGCAGCAGCAGGCGGCGGGCGGCGGGGGCGACAGCGGCGCGGCGCCCUACGUUUAUCAUGCAAUCUACUUAGAAGAAAUGGUUGCCUCGGAAGUUGCUCGAAAACUUGCAUUGGUGUUUAAUAUUCCUUUCCACCAAAUUAACCAGGUUUACAGACAGGGUCCCACUGGUAUUCACAUUCUUGUUAGUGAUCAGAUGGUUCAGAACUUUCAAGAUGAGAGUUGUUUUUUAUUCUCCACAGUAAAAGCUGAAAACGGUGGUGGCGUCCACAUAAUUUUGAAGUGACGUCUUACGUAGCCUGAACUCAAUUCAGCACCAAAUAAAGUCACGCUUAAAAGUGUGUGAAGACUGAAUCCAAGAAGUCUGGGGAUUGGAUUUUACCGUAUGAAAUGUUUCAUAUUGAAAACACAGGAUGACCUUUCUAAUGAGCUGGACGAGAGGCGCGGCUCCUCCGCGUCACUGCUGCGGCCUCACCCGGGAGAGGGAGCGUGUCGGGCCGGGGACAGGUAGGCCGCCUGCUUCUCUGCCAGAGAGGCCAGUAGGCACAGUUCCUAGAAGCAGCCUUCGCUGUCUUUUUACACUGUAUGCGGUUUGGAAAUGAAUGUAAAGAUGUACUGUGGGCAUUUACCUUUCUGGGCCAGUUGGGCCUCUGCUGCCCGGACCGUGUGCUGACCUGGGGGCGGGGCAGGGGGACAGACUGCGGCGGGGCCGGCGCCCAGCCCGUGUGCGGAGAGCGCGAGGCUGGCGCCCGUGCGGGCUGACCGGGGGUCCGGCGAGAGGCGUGGCGCCUUCUCGGAAAAAAUCGUGCGUAGGCGUGCGCGUCUGCCGUGAUCCUGCCGGAUCCGGGAAGAUCCAAGCCAGGAAGAUGGGCUGGAGGCAAACUGCAUUAUCAAGAGUACCUUGGUGAGAGGAUCAGUGUAAAUCCUAAUAGGUACAAAGACUUUUGUGUUUUUUGCUUUGUCACAGAUUUAUUGAAAAACCUUUUGCUUCUGCUUCCAUUUUUUAGCAUUGUUUCUGGUUUUCAUUUUUGAAGCCCCAAUGCCUUCUAAACUCAUGUGGUUUUCUUUCUCUUUUCCUCCCUCUCUGUCUCUGACCACCCACCCCACCCCGCACCACACUGCUGAUAAACUUUUUUAAAGCCCUGUCCCCAACACUGGAAGUAGACCUAAGCAGGAGAAAACAGCGAGAUAGCUUCUGACUUGGUGUUGCGGGCUCUUCAUUAUCAAGAGCUGAAAUCAUCCAUGGAACACUAGACACCACAACACUAUACUGCACCAUCAGAACUCCUCACACUUCUCAAAUAACUGAGCUUUCGUACAAUCAUGGGUGACAUUCUGGUGAUUGUUUAGGGACUUUUUUAUACACCACAUAGUAGCUUCUUUUUCUAUAAAGAGUGCCUCUUUCACAAAGCCAAAUGCUUGUCGGCCAGUAUGUUUUCCAAAGGGAAUCACCGUUUUUGCAAUUUUUUCUACUAUCUUUAUCUCUUCCCUUCAUUCAAAGCCUUCCCAAAAUUCAUCAGCAAGCAUUUGGAGGCCUGUGGUGUACUAGACACAAUUUUUUUUUUUCAAACUUCAAUUCCAUUUUAAUUAUACCAUCUCUGUCUAUUUACCCCGUGUCUUGGUUUUGAGUGUAUUAUUUGAUCCUUAUCUUUGUUCAGACAGAAAUAGGAAUAAGUAAUUUUGAGUUUGAAAUCUCUCUCAAAAGACAAAACUACUUCAGUGGGUAAAAGCUUUGGCAUUUUAUGUUUUAUUCAUAAAGGUUAUUUGAUAUGAAAAAGUACUGUCUCUAAAUAUUCCAUACUUGGUUUGAAAAUAUCCAUAACUUGUAUAGACCCUAAAGCAGGAGAGCUUUCCUUUCUGUCAUUUUCCCUUUGCUUUUGUAUGACCACAUGUUUUCUGUACCAAUCACUUGGGAAAGAAGUGAGCUUAUCUCUUAAAUUGUUUUAGAGUUUUCGCUUGUCUGUUUAGCAUUCCUUUUUGAGUCUCAAAAUUUAUGGAACAAUAAAUGUCAUUUAAUGCUGUGUGCUAUUUUGAAUUCCUCAUCAGGUUUUACAAGUGGGAUAAAAAUAAUUAAAAGCUCAUCAACCUUGAAAUUACACCAAACAGCAUUGAACAUUAGUCUGUCCGGGUGAAGCAGGUUAAAUUCUGGCACCAGCAGAUUUGCUACUUUGUUUUUUAAUAGUAGGAUGUACACAUUUCAGUAUAAUAAAUGUUUUCCGAUUGUUUUGCAAA